UUUACCCUGCAUCAACACAGGCAAGAUGACUAUGACCGAGGCAACGAUCGAUAUGAUGGUUAUGGCCGAGAUAGACCCGACAGUCGUCGGUAUGGGGAUCGAUAUGGCGGCGACCGUGAUCGUGGCGGCGGUUUUGGCCGAGAUCGCUUCGACGAUCGUCGGGAUCGGUUUGGCGGAGAUCGUGACCGCUUUGGUGGAGAUCGCGAUCGUUAUGGCGGAGAUCGCGAUCGGUACGGCGGAGAUCGCGAUCGUUAUGGCGGAGAUCGUGAUCGGUAUGGAGGAGAUCGUGAUCGUUAUAGCGGAGAUCGUGAUCGGUAUGGAGGAGAUCGCGAUCGUGGCGGCGGAUAUGGCCGAGACCGGUACGAUGAUCGUCGCUAUGACGACCGCCGAGGUGGUGAUCGGUAUGGAGACAGAGAUAGGAGGCAUGACAGUUACGAUGACCGUGACUCAGAUACGUGGCGUGACAGUGAUCGUGGUCGCGAUGCGAGAAGCGGUUUUGAUAGAGACGAGCGCGAACCAGGUAGUAACAGAUUAAUCAUGUAUUUUGUUUUGAAACUAAUUACUAUUUACUGUCCAAUUACUGGAGCAACGAAACUCUCAGAAACCUCCCCUUUCAUUAAACUUCUGUGCAGCUCCCUUUUCACUGCUAUUGUUGUCAGGGCUAGAGACACUGUUUUUGUUAUUAAUCACACAUAGUUGCCCCAUUGUUGCGACAUUGUUUCGAUCAGUUGCUACAUUGUGCCAACAUUGCAACGCUACGUUGCGUUAAAAAUCGUCGUUGCGAAUCGUCCCGUUUAACAUCACCUUUAGCUAAUUAAACAACUCGUUCUGAAAGCUUUGUAGAGCUCCUCCGAUUAAUUGAGUAAGUGAGAGUUCUGAGGACAUAUGCAAUAUGGAUUAAAAAUUCGUUCUCAUGCUGUUAUUUUGGAUUUCAGAUUCACAAAAAAAUUAAGUGCAAAAGUAUAUUAAGUUAUCUGCGGUAUGUUUGUGCUGGUCAGUGUAGUUCUGGAAGGAAGAAGUUGUAUAACUGAUCGUACACAAUCCUCUCGAACACUUUGGCGACUACGGAAAUGAAAGAUUUGAUGUAGACGUCAACUAAUGUUAGGCAACAAAAAAACACUUCCUUUAAAAACUAAAAUCUGAACUCAGGAGAUCAGUCUGGGCCAAAAAAUAACUAAGGAGAAUUUGACUUUGAAGGCGGUUGUAUUGUUUUUCAUUUGCAGUUAAAGAAAGACCCAAACUUCACCUACAGCCCCGAACUAAACCAUUAGAAGAUAAAAGCGAGCCUGUCUCUGGCAGCUCCGUAUUUGGUGGCGCCAAACCAGUUGAUACAGCAGCCAAAGAGCGAGAGAUUGAAGAAAAGCUCGCUCGACAAAAGCUUGAAGAGGAAACCAAGCUUGCUAGAGAGAAGGAGGGACAGAAAGAGCGCCGAGAGCGAGAUGACUGGUCACGUAUCUCCAGCAGCAGGCCGCGUCGCGACAGUAAUCGCUCAAAUGAAGGUGAACGUGGUGCGAGGGAACAUAGGGAUAGCUCUGAUUAUCGAAGCCGUCGCGACAGUGGGAGGUCCAGUGACGAGGGCACUUCUGGUAAGGACACUGAGGCUCCUUCUCGUGACAGCCCGCGUGGAGGUGGGAAAGAAACCAAGGAGACCCCUAAAGAGCCCCCUAAAGACGCCCCUCCGCCUACUGUGAAUGUAUGGGCGAAAAGGAUGGAGCAACAGAAGGCAGCUUCUGCGACAGACACCACCGAGGCUAAGAGCCCCACAAAAGAGCACAGAGUGGAAAUUAAUGUGGACAGUGCUAGUAUGUCAGUGACUUCUCCUCCUCCUCCCACCUCCCCUGAGAGGAAGGGAUUUGGCAAACCGCCUGGUCCGAAAAAAGAGUUCAGUGGUCCCCCAAGGGGAAGAGGGAGAGGAGGGGAAAGGUCAAGUACACAUGCCCCUGGGGGGAGAGGGAUUAAAAAGGACAGAAGAGAACGCAAACCUGCGGAACCCAAGAAGUACGAGGAAGCGCCACAACCGGUAAGUCCCGGCACAUGUGUACUAUAUUCUUAGCGAGAUUCUUUUGACAACGAAACUCCUUGUACCAUAUGAUGAGUUAAUAGUCGAGGAGUGUUUUCCUAAAGUUGUCGAGUAAAUGGUAGGUGCUGUUGAUGUAAAGGCAAGUUUUGUUCAAGCGUUCGGAGAGAAUCUCUGCCCUCCGAAUAAGUAACGGAGCCUGCAGAUAGCGGGAAAAUGGCCAAAGAAACAAAAAAAGGAUUUAAAAAAUAGUGAUGAGUAAAUGCACACAAUUGAUAGGCCAAAGAUUUUUAACUACAUAAUAGGGCCAUUUAUACGAGGAAAAAUAAGACGCGAACUUUCUGUAUAAACGGCACAUUUCGUCUAAAAUAAGACGCGGCUUAGCUAAGACGCCUCUUAUUAGAUAAGACAUGCUCGUAUAAAUGGUACAGUUCGCGUCUUAUGUUUAAGACGCGUCUUAUGUAAGACGGGUCUUAUUUUUCCUCGUAUAAAUGGCCCUAAUAUGUCUCAAUAAAUGACAUAUAAAAGUUAAAGAAGUACUUUCGGCGUUAGAUUUGUGCUAAAGAGCCCGAGUUUUCUAUUUUUCUUUCGCGUGGUGUCUCUCUGAAUGUUACACUCUGCUGCCUAGAGUAAAAUGAGAAGAUUGUGCCAAGGCGCUUUUUGAGCUACGCAUGUCAACAGGAAGAGGCCGUUUGCCUUUUCAUAUACCUCAGAUGCUGAUAUAUCUGUGUUACUAAGUGUCUCUACUCUUACAGAGACGACUUUUUCGAAAAUCUGGGCUAAACCCAUACCCAAGAAUGCAAACAUCUCACUUCCGGUUAACGCCGUCGUUCAAAAACGUCUUUGCUCACUAAUGUUUGGAUGAAAGCGGAAUAAUGACUUCGUUUUCUUCGCUUCGCGACCGGUCGUCGUCAACAAUAAACGAUAUUUAAUGAGGAAAAUGAGGCAGAAAAGGUUAGCAAUGGAGAAGAGAAAGCGAAGAAAGCUACUGAGAUUCUAAACCGGCGUAGCUAGUAAUGCAAACAGUUUGCCCGCACUCGUCAAAUAUCUUAUUCUCCAAAACAUAAGGCAAAAUGUUCUAUACGACAAUUUUCCUUCGUUAAUUCUUCCUCAAGAAUUGCGCCGUAUUUGUCACAUACUGUAAUUCCGAAAAGAGAAAAUUUGUACUAUUGACAAAGACUCGUCCAUAAUAAUCCCGAAUGUGUUCCUACUAUCGAACGCACUCUUCGCCUUGCUCAUGAAGACAUACAGUAACUUGGUCAAUUAGAUAGUUUAUGUUCCCGGAUUCAGAACAUUUAACACUGAGUUGCUUUGUUGUAAGGUCAUGCAAAAGUCUUGAUUAGUCUAUUUUUACGUCUUUUUCGACAGGUCUUUCACAAGGCAAGCAAAUUCUCCGCACUUCUAGUUGACAAUGAAGCAGCCGAAGAGGACACAGAACAAUUUGAAGGAGAAGAAGAAACGUGA